UGCUAUAAGUCAUUUAUAAAAAGCAAAAACUAAGAAAUAUGCGUAUUGGCCAUCCAAAUUCUUACUGGCGAAAUUCGAACAGUGAUUUCCAUGUCCGUUGUACGGCAAUAAUCGCCAAGUGUGUGAUAAUACGCAGAUGUUGCAGCCAAUGGCAGGACGGCUUACAAACACUUCACACAUUUUCGAGAAAAAUGGCUUCCGAACGGGACAAGAAGCCGAUCAAAGGCAUUUUAAAACACACAUCUAGUCUUGAUAAACCCCCCCGAAGAGAGGUGGAAUGGGAUGAAAUGAACAUCUUGGCAACACAUCAUCCACCUGAUAAAGAUUAUGGACAUAUUAAAAUUGACGAGCCACCAACACCUUACAAUAAGUGCUCUGAUGCAGAAGAUGACGAGACUGAUGAGCAGGAGCAAGGUUUGUCACGUCGAGGCAGUUCAGGCAAUGUUGAGAAACUGGACCCAGAAGUCUUAGCAUCUAGGUUAGCAGAGGGCUGCAAAAAGUCUGCUCAUCUGCCUCCAGAAGAGGAGUCAUCAGAAGAUGAAAAUGAAACUGAGGAAGAGCGGGCAAAGCGGAAGAUGUUUGAGAUGAAGCGAAAGCUUCAUUACAAUGAGUUUGCAGCUGUGCAGCUGGCAAAGAAACUGAUGUCAGAGGAGGAGGAUGAGGAAGAUACUACCUCUAACAAUACACAAGGGGCAGCGCUCCUCGACACCGCCACCUGCUCCUCCAGCAAGAUGGAUGCAGGUGUUGUAAAUGAUGUAAGCAUGACUGGAGAGGGGGAUUAAGCUAGUGGACACGCCUGCAAGAGCCUGUGAAGCUGUCAGCAAAGUCUGGCGAUAUGUUGGUCACAGAAACGAUACAUUGGCAGAACUAACCUGCCCUUUAAAUUUCGUUAUUAGAAUCUGCCAUCCCAGAGAUUUCUUCUGUGCCCAACUGCCCCAGACAAUCUUCAGAAUAUCUGUGGAUAUUUUAUGUGGUGAAGCAAAACAUCAGAAUCCUCUAGAAUUAGUGUGGAGCAAGGUAAUAUCAGCUUCAGGUUUUGAUUUCAAAGCAUGCUCCUGCUCCCCCUCUUUCUGAAAAAAGUGUUUAGUUAAACGAAAGCUAUGUACACAACAGGAAUGAAGGGGGAGAUAUGGUAAAACACCCUCAAGCCACAAUUAGAACUAUUAUUAGUGAUUGCCUCCCUUAUAAAUCACACAAUCCAUGUGCAUAAAACGAUGCAUGUUUUAAGGAAUGUGUGCACAUGCAUACACUCACAAACACAUGUAUACAUACACAGACAGAAAUGCGUGCGCACGAAUAUCCAUGCACAUACCAUCUGCAGCUAACAAUGCACUGGGGGUUGUGAGAUGACCCUAGCUCAAUACCUGAAGUUGGUGUAUGAUCAGUUUGCUUCCAGCAACUGCCUUGUCUGCUACAGUGUUUCUGGCCCUGACCUUGCAAAGACAAUGACCCUACAGUGCUUCAGCCCUAUUUUCCCAUCAGACAAUGUUUAGUACGGUGUGUUGUUUCAUCCCACUGAGAGUGGAUAUAGAUGUGUGUUGUGUCAGUAUGCAGACAGGACUUGAUACAAAAUAAAUUUGGAUGACAAAAUGAGUGCUGCGAGCAGUUCUUGUUGAAACCUUUUCUCCCACCUCAGUCAGGUGCAUGUGCACUUAUCGUUUGUUAAUUUAAUAGCACUCAUUCCUUGCAGACCCAAGGGUUGUUUUACUGAGGUUAUGGAAACAUGUAUUUAUGGUACCAGCGAUGUACUGGAUUUUUUUUUUUCAAGAUUUCUGAGAUAUGUCUGUGUCUGUAAAUUUGUGUUUGUCAUUUAGACGGAAAAAUUAUUUUGAUAAACUGGAAUAUCAUUAACCUGUGAUGAUCUUGUUGUGCUACUUAAAUGACUUUUAUCUACAUUAGUAGUUUCCCUGGUUUUGUUUUUUGAGGGAGUUAGCCUCAUGCAUGUGGCCACCUUCUCACUAUGACUUUUCUUCAAUCCUAAAUGAUCUAGAUCAGGGCUUUUUUGUUUGAUUUUUGCGUAAACCAGUAAGGCUUUCAGCAUUGACGUGUUUGAACUUUUUUCUUUUUUAGGUAUUCUGCUUUGAGAGAAUGAUGGUACUAAUAGAAGAUAAAAUGUUAAACUAGCACUAGAUCAGAUGUUACUGUGUAACCAAAGUUGUCUGCAACAGAGGCAGUUAACAAAGAAAUCGAGUCACAGCUAGAAGUAGUCAAGGUUGAUGGCAGUAGUUUUUGUGCCAAAUCUUCAUACUACCUGACAUCUCCUCUCACCCCUGACACAGUCCCGUUUGUGAAGUGACCAGUAAGAUAGGUGCUUGAUUAAUGGUUUUGCUGUCAGUUGAUUGUAAUUGUGAGAUGAUGUGGAAUGUAAGUAUUCUCUUUUGGUUAUUUUUUUUGCAUAAACCUGAAAAGAUCCAUUGCCAUUGGCCCUUGCACCUCACCUGGGAUGCUGUCAUUAUGUCAUUAAUACUGUGAUCAAAAGAAAAUUUGUGUAUUAUGGUACACAAGCCUGGUUAAUGGUUUGUUGUAAAAGGAGCAUUUAAUCAGUGUUUUAAGAGAUUCAGUAAAUCAGGUAACAGAACCUGUUGUGAAAUUUUUCUAUUUGUAAUGUUGUUUUAAAAAUAUACUGUGUAACAUGGGCACUGCACUUUCAUGAGCAGAACUGACCAAGUUCCUCAGCUGAUUUGAUCCUUGCUGGAAGAGCUAGCUACAAGCAGUAGCCAGGCAUGACCAACUGCCGAAAGAGAGAGAGGAAAGAAGAUGGGGAAAGGUGUAAUUUUGUAGGUUUAUGGUUUUAUGAAUAGUGCUAUUGAAAAGGAGACAUUGUUGAUAAGAGCUUAUUACAUCCAGUGAUUAAGGAUGUGACUUGAGGGCUAGGCACUGCCAUUGUAACUGUUGUUAAAUCAUGGCAUUUCACAUUGUAAAGACACAAUACACAGACAAAAUAAGGAAGGUUAUCAGAAUCAUUUUACGUGUAAACUCACUAUGUGUGGCUUCUUGCAUAAAACAGUUCAAAGUGUGGAUGCCUGCAUGUGUCAGUAAAGUAUGUGUCGUGCAGUGUCACAAUUUAGUUAAAGCCAGUAAUAGCAUGUUCCUGACCUCAGUCCCUUGUACCUUUUUUUUUUUUUUUUUAAAUUUCAUGAGAAAGAAUGGCAACUGCAUAUUUGUUCCUGUCUGUGCACACAUGCUAAUGUUUGUGUACAUCAGAUGUAUUUCUAUAAAGCAGUUCUCCAAAUGAAAGUGGAAAAUGAGAUUUUUAAUAUUUUUUAUAGGAUGCAAGAGAAACUUACCUCUUGUAUCAUUUCUCUUGAUGUCCCAUUCAACUGCUUCAAGGUUGGAAGAACUAUAUGAAGAACUAUAUCAUUUCCAUUUAAGUUAGUCACCUGGAAUAGCUUUAAGCUGUCAUUGUUUGAUGUUUUCCUUUUAUUUUAACUUUGGUUUGGUGCUUAAACUGCAUACAGGCUUUCAUGCAUUAUCACCCGCAAGCUUGUAACAUUUAGACUCAUCACAACUUUUAGUCCGAUUCUAAAGUGGGUGUAGGUUGUAUUACCUGUUGUAUUAUUUGUAAAAGUUUAGUGUCUGUAUCGACAUUCUCACUAACAGAAAACCCAUUUGUUGGACAUUACUGAAAGAUAGUGCAACAAUAAGGCUUUCAGUUAUAUUGGUAUAUUGUUGAGAAGUACUCAGAAAGUUACAAUAUCUGCUUCAUCAACUUUAACACCAGUCCAGCCAGUAGUGUUAUAUGGAAGAUAUAUGAUUUUUUCAUUGUUAAAGAUUUUUGCAGACUUUUUUCCCCCUUGUUGAAUAAAGCAUGACAUGUGUGCAUGCCUCCAUGUAUGUUAACAUAAACUUUGGAAACUCCACAGUGGCAACUGUGUUAAUUUAAAGCUGUAGCAAAUUAAAUGCCAUGAGUUUUGUUUCAA